UUGUUGCCCCGCUUCCCUCUCUCCACCAUUGGUUUAUACAGUACGGCGGGGACUCACUCGUGCCAGGGAUUUUCCACUCUUACGAUCUCUUCGCCCACUGCUGAACAUGCCUUUGUGUUUACAUCACUCCCCUGCUGCACGCUCUGCGCUCGCACACACUCGUAUACACUGCUCUGCUGCGGGGACGGUUGUGAAAUCUGCUGAGUGUCAGGAGGAAGCGUCCUGCACAGGGCGAGAGGGCCCUCUUUCUGUCCAGAGAUGUCGGCCUAGAUAAUGACCUCGAAUAAGAGCCCAAGAUUCAGUCAUUUUCCUGCUGGUGCCACGAACAUAGAACCAGAAACCGCCAACGGGACCAGAAUGGAGACCACCUUCGGCCCAGCGUUCACAGCAGUGACCACCAUUACUAAAGCGGACGGUACGAACACCUUCAAGCAGCAUCGCAGGACGCCGUCCUCGUCCAGCACUUUAACCUUCUCACCUCGAGAUGAAGAUGAUGUCAUGCCUCCGAUCAGCACCUCCCGGCGCUCGGACUCCGCCAUAUCUGUCCGCUCCCUGCACUCCGAGUCCAGCAUGCCUUUACGCUCCACCUUCUCACUCCACGAAGAAGAGGAAGAACCGGACCCCCUGGUGUUUGCGGAGCAGCCCUCGGUGAAGCUUUGCUGCCAGCUGUGCUGCAGUGUUUUUAAAGACCCUGUUAUUACCACGUGUGGGCAUACGUUCUGCCGGAGGUGUGCCUUAACAUCUGAAAAGUGCCCGGUGGAUAAUGCCAAAUUGACGGUGGUGGUGAAUAACAUCGCCGUCGCCGAACAGAUAGGAGAACUUUUUAUUCAUUGUAAAUACGGUUGCCGACCCUGCGCCAAUGGGAAGCCGACAACGUAUGAAGUGGACCCCCAUGGCUGCCCCUUCACCAUUAAACUAAGUGCCAGAAAGGACCAUGAAGGCAGCUGUGACUACCGGCCGGUGCGUUGUCCUAAUAAUCCGAGCUGCCCCCCGCUGCUGAAGAUGAACCUGGAAGCCCACCUCAAGGAGUGUGAACACAUAAAGUGUCCUCAUUCAAAGUAUGGGUGCACGUUUAUCGGGAACCAGGACACAUACGAAACCCAUCUAGAGACUUGCAAGUUCGAGGGUCUCAAGGAGUUCCUCCAGCAGACGGACGACCGAUUCCACGAAAUGCAAGUGGCCAUGACGCAGAAGGACCAGGAGAUCGCCUUCCUGCGCUCCAUGUUGGGAAAACUGUCGGAGAAGAUCGAUCAGCUGGAGAAGAACCUGGAUCUUAAGUUUGACGUCUUGGACGAGAACCAAAGCAAGCUGAGCGAAGACCUUAUGGAGUUCCGUAGGGACGCCUCCAUGCUGAAUGAUGAACUCUCCCACAUCAACGCUCGGCUGAACAUGGGAAUCCUUGGCUCCUAUGACCCCCAGCAGAUAUUUAAGUGUAAGGGUACUUUCGUGGGGCACCAAGGCCCGGUGUGGUGUUUAUGCGUCUACUCCAUAGGAGAUCUGCUGUUUAGCGGCUCCUCUGACAAAACCAUAAAGGUGUGGGACACCUGUACAACCUACAAGUGCCAAAAGACACUGGAGGGGCAUGAUGGCAUCGUACUGGCCUUGUGCAUCCAAGGAAGCAAGUUAUACAGCGGCUCAGCAGACUGCACUAUCAUUGUAUGGGACAUCCCGACGCUCAUGAAAGUCAACACCAUUAGAGCGCAUGACAACCCGGUGUGCACCUUAGUGUCCUCACACAACAUGCUCUUCAGCGGGUCCCUGAAAGCCAUCAAGGUUUGGGACAUCGUGGGUACGGACUUAAAGCUGAAGAAAGAGCUGACCGGCCUUAACCACUGGGUCCGUGCGCUUGUGGCCUCACAGAACUACUUGUACAGUGGAUCCUACCAGACCAUAAAGAUAUGGGACAUCCGGACCCUGGAUUGCGUCCAUGUCCUGCAGACGUCCGGCGGAAGCGUCUACUCCAUCGCCGUCACCAACCACCACAUAGUGUGCGGGACGUACGAGAACCUCAUCCACGUCUGGGACAUUGAAUCCAAGGAACAAGUUCGUACACUAACCGGACACGUGGGGACGGUCUACGCUUUGGCCGUCAUCUCCACCCCUGACCAAACCAAGGUUUUCAGUGCCUCAUAUGACAGGUCCUUACGGGUCUGGAGUAUGGAUAACAUGAUUUGCACACAGACAUUGCUGAGACAUCAGGGCAGCGUGACCGCCUUGGCCGUAUCCCGAGGGCGUCUCUUUUCAGGGGCCGUAGACAGUACAGUGAAGGUCUGGACCUGCUAAUUGUGACCAAACCCCUCCAGUUAUGGCCUCUGCCCGGACCGCUGCCAAGUCUUCUCUGCCAGCCUUCCAUAUAUUGCCACGGACAUCUCACCUUUUUUUGAUAAGAUUACAGAACUUAUUUGGGAGACACUUGAGGCACCUGGACCCUGUUCUCCUCCUGCUGGAUCCUUUCGAUUUGGGCACCACCACAAUAUUGGAACUGAUACCAACUGUGCCAGUCCAGCCUCGCCAUGGAAAGGAUAGAGCGAUAAAGGCAAUAGACUGCGGGAUCAUGAAUGGAUUAAACCAAAUUGUCUUUCUCCUUUUAGGGGUUUCUCAAGUCAGUAUGUGUCUGUAUAUACCAGUGUUUCCCAACCAGGGC